GUGAACCCAAUGGAACAAACAUGGCCUUAAGUAGUAUAUAAGAACUUUUCCGAAAAUCAUAAAAUUGAAUUCAAUUUCAUUACCUGGAAAUCGAAACCGUGAAUAGCUUCAACAGGACAGUUGUCCGUUCUAAAAUCUCUGCAAGGGUGAUGGCGCCGCACGAUUUUCGCCGUCCAUUCAAACGGGCGGCGAUCUCUGACCAACAGCGGCGGCGCGAGCUGUCUCUGCAGCGGCAGGCCCAGAAUCGUCGCGACGCCCAACACCAGGCCCGCUGUUUGGCCCAAUCUAUAUUAUCUCUACAAAACGAUUCUGCGGAGCCCGAUUUUGAAGCACUGCCACAGCCCGAAGAACAUGCCAAAGAUUUUGAUCUUCGACAAGCGGCGAGGCUGAGAGGGCCUGAAGCCCGACGAUGGUUUGCAAAGCAGCUCAUGCUACCGGAGUGGAUGAUUGAUGUCCCUGAGCGACUAAACACCGAUUGGUUACGUAACGGAAGUUUGCUUCAUCGAUUUCCUUCAGCUUUACCCAAUGGUUCCAGGGUCAGCAACAGUUCCCGUUCGGGCCAAUCUUAUUGUAUACUUGAUUGCAUUUUUCAUGAGCCUGAUCAGAUAUACUAUGUAAUUGACAUGGUGUGCUGGGCGGGAAUGUCAUUGUACGAGUGCACUGCUGAAUUCCGAUUUUUCUGGUUAAACAGCAAGCUUGUCGAGUCGGGGGCUUGUGAUGAUCCCUCAACUUACCAUAGAUAUAGGUUCAGGGCAGUUCUCGUAUAUAAUUGUGAUCAGGAGGGGUUAAAAGCAGCUUAUAGGGAACCAGUGCCUUAUGGGAAAGAUGGACUAUUGUUCUACAACAAGAAUGCCCAUUAUCAAUCAGGAAAUACUCCAUUGGUGCUAGUCUGGAAAGAUGAGAUUUGUAGUCAGUAUGUUCUUGAUACGGAUAGUAAGGGGCAGAUUCCAGAUCAACAACAAGUGGUACUGGAGCUCUGUGACGAUGGGAAAGUGGCUACUUCCGAUGAUCCUCCUACAAGACUUGAGCCCGGCAAUCUCUUACGGUUUGCCACCAGUGAAGGUGGGUUAUGUUUUGCCAAUGGGAAACUAGAGAGGGCUGAUUUACAGUACCUUGGAAAAUCUAAUCGUUCACGAGCUUUUGCCGAUAGUUACUCGAAGGUGAUGUUCCAGUACAUGGCUAGACGUUCUCCCCUCCAAAUAGAGCAUCUAUUUGAGUCGGUUAAUUCGUUAGUUGAAGAAGAAAAUGCUGGUGACACAUUUAUGUUUGGCAAGAAGUUCCAAAAA